UGAAUGUCAAACAACAUUUGAUUCCUUUCAGUAGCGGCUAUAAUAUGAUACAGCAGAAGGUGGCAAUGUAGGAAGUUCGAACCAACAUAUAUCGUGUGUGUAACCAACAUUUUAUUUUGAAAAGCCAACCCUUAUUCUAAAAAAAGAUCCAGGAAGUAGCGUAACAAAAACAAACGAGAUGUGUGUGAGGUAUACGGUAUAUGAUGUGAACUGUGUAGUCUCAAGACGUUGACUGAAUACUCUAAUGCAAAUUACUUUAACAUAAGUGUUUAACAUAAAGGACAUGACCGAUACUGUAGCCUUUCAUGCUCAGCUGGCCUCCAUCAUUGAGGUUUUGGCGAAUGCAGCCGUUGCCGAAAUCUGUAAACUUGUAGAUGACGGCAAUGCUGCCUUAAGGUUAGAAAUUUCACAUAGUCAGAAAGAAAUCGAUAACCUGCGGAGGAAGCUGCUUUUGACAAAAUACCAGAAUUCUCAACGGAGCGCAGAGAAAUUCGGAGCCCUGCGACGCACAGUUCACAGGCGCGUGGACAGCGGUCAUAUUGGUCGGGGAAGAGGGAGCUUCGUUGGAAAGUCAACAGGCAGAGUUGGAUAUUUGGGAAAUCGUCUUGCCGACAGUGACGGAGGCAACUUUAUGCAGGAUGUCACCAACUGGAGAGACCAGGAUGGGGGCAUGCAGACGGCAGAUAUGCAAGAGACACCUCUUAUCAAAAUGGAGAACCAUGGCACCAGCAGAACAGAAGAGAUUGUCCAACUGGUCAGUGAGAGCAGUGAGAAGAUCAUUGUGGCAAAACCAGGUUCUUCGUCAUCUACUGAAACCACAGACCCUCUGGACCAGCAGGGCAACAGACACAGAGCUCCAGACACCUCACUCAAUAUAGAACCUGAAAACCAGAAGUUCCAGCAUCCAGCAUCACAAUACAACAGAGCAACACAGGACCAUCAGGUUGCUGAGGGUGUGACCUGGGAAACUGACCAUCAACCCAUAUCAUACAGCCUGUCUCAAUGGACAGAGAACCAAGAGACUGACAACCAAACUGUGAAUGCUCCUCACAAUGCAGGGCCAGACUCCAAAAGGCUGUGUGAACAUCCAGAGAGGAGAGGGGUGUCUGGUAACUCUGGGGUCUGCAUGUCUGCUUUGGGCUCUCUGGACUGGGUGUCUGAUGUGGUGCUGGUGGACUCAGUUCCCAUUAAAGUGGAGGCAGAUAUGAGUUCAGAAUGGAGCAUAACUGGCCAAGAGGUGACAUCUGGAGAGGUCUGUUCAGACAGCAGGCAGCUUGUGGACAACAGAGGAAGAGGGGAAAUGGAAUCGGGACAGACAAAGUGUCCCCCUGACACUGAAAACACAGAGCAAGGGACAACUGUAGGAUCAAUGUCCAAGAUGCCAGAUUUCAAUGGACUGUCCUCCCUAAACAGCUUUUCAUCCCCAAUGGUUACUCUCCACCAGGUUCCCCAAAGAAGGAAGCCAGCCCACUUCCCAAAUUUUAGCAGAGACUCCACUUCUUCAUCGAAAGGCAUAGAAAAGCAGCCACAACAGCUGACGUCUCACUCCACCAAGAGGCAGCUCCAGUGCAGCCUCUGCGGAAAGCUCUUCCACCAGCAGGCGAACCUGCAGAGUCACAUGCGGGUCCAUACGGGGGAGAAACCGUACGGCUGCAGCCACUGCACCAAGCGCUUCUCCCACAGCCACCAGCUGAAGAUGCAUGAGAGGGUGCACACCGGAGAGAAACCGUUUCAUUGCAUCUACUGCGGGAAGUGCUUCACCCAGUCCGGCCACAUGAAGAAGCACCUCCUCGUCCACGCUGGUGGCAGGCCACAGGACAUUGGGCUGCCUUGAGUGGAGUUUUUCUACACCACGUGACCAGACCAGGGAAAAACUGGUCUUCCCCCAUAGUUUCUAUUCCCUCUUGUCUAGUUCCUCUUCCACCCUAGUUGUAAGGGGAAUGGCGCCACACUACUAUGGUUUUCACUGGAUCCAUGUGUUUUUAACAGUUUGGAUAGAUACCAUCAUUGAGCGCUCUGUGUGUAGUGGUUGUGUUUUCAGUUCAGCUGGCUUGAUGCUUGGUCCAGAGUGGACUGAUAAUGUAUAUUAUUAAAGGUGAAGAUUUUAAACAUCACAUUUUAGUCAGUUAGCAGAAGCUCUUAUCCAUAGCGACUUACAAGAGCAAGAGUUAAGUACUUUGCUCAAGGCACAUCAACAGAUUUUACAGCUUGGUUGGCUUCGCAAUUCGAACCUGUGACUUUUCGGUUACUGGCUGAACGCUCCUAACUGCUGCUAGCUAGGCUACCUGCCGCUAGCUAGGCUACCUGCCGCUAGCUAGGCUACCUGCCGCUAGCUAGGCUACCUGCCGCUAGCUAGGCUACCUCCUUAUGAAUACUAUUGGUAACAAAUUCAUAUCAAACAGUAGUUGAGAGUUCAGGAAGCACUGGACAGGUGCCUAGGCGAGCGAGGUCUGUUGGUGGUCGAGAGCUCGUUUCUGUUUUUACUUGGACGAACAGAGCCGAGGAGGAGGACUGGAAUGGUAGGCUGUCAAUGGUUGUGAUACAGGGUUUAAUAUGGUUGGAUUUGUAGAGAGUUAAAUAAAGUCAUAUUUAUGUCAGAGCAGCUCACAGAUCAUUGCACCUGUACAUAGCCCAUCUAUAAUUUAGCCCAAACAACUACCGCUUCCCCUACUGUAUUUAUUUAUUUUGCUCCUUUGCACCCCAUUAUUUCUAUUUCUACUUUGCACUUUCUUCUACUACAAAUCUACCAUUCCAGUGUUUUACUUGCUAUAUUGUAUUUACUUUGCCAUCAUGGCCUUUUUUUUGCCUUUACCUCCCUUAUCUCACCUCAUUUGCUCACAUUGUAUAUAGAUGUAUUUUUCUACUGUAUUAUUGACUGUAUGUUUGUUUUACUCCAUGUGUAACCCUGUGUUGUAUGUUGUUGAACUGCUUUGCUUUAUCUUGGCCAGGUCGCAAUUGUAAAUGAGAACUUGUUCUCAACUUGCCUACCUGGUUAAAUAAAGGUGAAAUAAAUAAAUAAAAUAUUGAUACCCAUCUACCCUUCCCAUCAUAUUCUGCCUAAGAAAACCCUUUUCUAUUUACAGUUGCAAUGAGUUUUUGAGUCCCAGAAUUAGAAUGAAUAGAAUUAGAACCCAUUCAAUCAGAAUUCUCUCUGGUUUAUUCCUUUCCAUUCUGACUGUUUUGAGUAGGCUAGACAGGUUAGGAUGUGCACCAGCAUUGUAGACCCAAGCUACUCACUCACCCCUCAUUUAAUCCCAGAAUCCCCACAGCUACCAUGGUCUGGGGAAACUUAAUCUCCUGGAGGUAAGUACAGUACCUGUAGAUUUAUCUCACAUAGAACCAGAAAAUCACUUUCCUGCUUUCAUAAUAUCAGCAUUUGAAACUGCUCACUUUGUUUUGUAUUCUCCAUACAUGAUUCUACUGAAAAUAACAUUUAGAUGACCAUUAAUUUAAUACAUAUACUUAUAUAACGAUGAUUCCUCACGAAACUAGAACACAUUUUAUUUUCAUGAAAUGCAAUCCAUAGAAUGGUCCUUUUGGAGGAAGGAUUGUUGGGAUAUAUUUGACAUUUAUCUUAAAGCAUAAUUGACAAGUAAUUCAUUGAAGUUGGAAUAUUUGUUGCUAUGUUGUUGUCUUAGGUCUCUUAUGUUGUGUUGGCUCUUGUCAUGAUGUGUUUUUUCCUACAUUUAUGUGUUAUAUACAGUUUUUUAAUCCCAGCCCACGUCCCGCACGAGGUCUUUUGCCUUUUGGUUGGCCGUCAUUGUGAAUAAGUAUUUGUUCUUAACUGACUGAAUAAAUACAAACAAUUGUGA